CUGGCUCGCGGCUCUCCCCGCACUCUAGCAGCACGCUCAGAUCUAUCUGAGCGUUUCCUCUGUGGGACUGUCUCUGUCUAUGUUCCAAAGCGCUCCUGCAGGAACAUUGUCUUCAAUGUCAUCUUCCAAGGAGCUCAGAUCCUAAAUCAUGGAGAAGGAGGGGACCAAACUCCUCAACAGAGGCCUGGAGGAUGAGAUGGAGGUGUGGGGCUACGUGCCAUGUCGCUGGCGUACACUCCUGCUGUGUGUGGGCGUUUUUUGCUCGGGGGGACUGCUGCUGCUACUGCUCUACUGGAUCCCACAGUGGAGAGUCAAAGCCACACACACACCCUGCCCCUUACACAGCGCACACACACUGCUGCUGCGCACCACGGAUGAGUUUCACAGGUGGUUUCGAGUGCAGGUGAAGGUGAUGCUCUCAAAAAGCCACGGCCCCUUUGACCCUUUUCAGCUCCGCACUGACACUCACCUCAUACACACAAACUCCAGCGACACACCCACCCACACCCCCAGUGCACCGGCAGUUUCCACCACCAUGGAUGUGCCUGGCCUGCAGACCCUGCCUGUGCAGGUUCGAUACUUCACCCACCACAGCAUGAAGUACUUCUGGAGCAACACUCUUCAGAACUUCGAAGUGCUCAGGGGGGUAGAGGACCUGAAUGAGACCUGUACCACUCUCCUCUCUACACACAACUUGGGGCUAUGCAAAGCAGUGCAGGAGUACAGACGGUUGUUCUUUGGAGUGAACGAGAUCGCUGUAGAAGUACCCUCACUCUUCGUGCUUCUUGUCAACGAGGUGCUGAACCCCUUCUACGUGUUCCAGUUGUUCAGUGUGAUUCUGUGGAUUGUGGAGUUUUACCUUUACUACGCUGCUGCUAUCGUUCUCAUGUCAGCCAUCUCUAUCACCAUGUCCCUCUACACCCUCAAAAAGCAAUACAUCAUGCUCCAUGACAUGGCAUCAGCCUACAGCGUCGCGCGCGUCUCUGUCUGCAGGGGAGACCAAGAGGUGAUGGAGGUACUGUCCACUGAGCUGGUCCCGGGUGAUGUUAUCAUAAUCCCUGCCGGCGGGAUGGUCAUGCCCUGUGAUGCAGCCCUGCUCAACGGGACCUGCAUCGUCAACGAGAGCAUGCUCACAGGUGAGAGCGUACCUGUGACUAAGACGAGUCUACCAAGUGCAGGCCUGGAGGGUGAGUCAGUCUACACUACAAGAGAUCACAAGCGACACACCCUGUUCUGUGGGACCAAGGUCAUCCAGACACGCUUCUACUCAGGAGAGCCGGUCAAAGCACUGGUCGUACGUACUGGUUUCAGUACAGAGAAGGGGCAGUUGGUGUGCUCCAUCCUCUACCCCAAACCAAGUGACUUUAAGCUCUACAGAGACGCGUACCUGUUCUUGCUCUGCCUGGUGGGCGUGGCUGCCGUUGGCUUCAUCUACACCAUAGUGCUCAACAUCAUGAACAAGGUUCCCACUAAAACCAUCAUCACAGAGUCUCUUGACAUCAUUACCAUCACAGUGCCACCUGCACUGCCAGCGGCCAUGACAGCAGGCAUCGUGUAUGCCCAGCGUCGUCUCCGUCGUGCUGGCAUCUUCUGUGUCAGGCCCCAGAGGAUCAACAUAUGUGGGCAGCUCAACCUGGUCUGCUUUGACAAGACAGGUACUCUUACAGAGGACGGCCUAGACCUCUGGGCCAUCCAGAGAGCUGAAAAGGGCAGAUUCUGUCUCCAGGAGGAACAGGGGUCUGCAGGAUUCCUGGCCCCGUCCUCGUUUGUGUCGUGCAUGGCAACGUGUCACUCCCUCACAAAGAUCGAGGGGGAACUCUCUGGAGACCCGCUGGACCUGAAGGUGUUCAGCGCUACUGGAUGGAUUCUGGAGGAGGCCACUGAGGAGGAGACAGCCCUCCACAAUACCAUAAUGCCCACUGUAGUCCGGCCCCCAGCACAGCACCAGGCGGAUAGAACCUCUACCAUGGCCUCAGAGCAGAGCAUGCCUUUGUACGAAAUUGGAAUCUUGAGGUUCUUCCCCUUUUCGUCGGAUCUGCAGAGAAUGAGUGUGGUUACUAGGCGACUGGGAGAGAAGUUCAUGGUGGCCUACCUCAAGGGGGCGCCAGAGAUCGUCGCCAGCCUCUGCAAGUCUGACACAGUUCCAGAAAACUUCGCUCAGGAGCUGGAGGGCUUCACCAGCCGGGGUUUCAGGGUCAUCGCACUGGCCCAGCGCAGACUAGAUGCCAAACUCACCUGGCACAAGGUGCAGAGUCUCAACAGAGAUCAGAUCGAGACGAGCAUGGACUUCCUGGGGCUGGUCGUACUGCAGAACAAGCUGAAGACCGAGACUUCUGCGGUGCUGAAGGAGCUGCAAACAGCCAACAUCCGCACCGUCAUGGUUACAGGUGACAACAUGCUGACCGCCAUCUCUGUGGCGAGAGACUGUGGCAUGAUCCAGCCUGGGGAGAGGGUCAUCACUGCCGACGCGGUAGGACCCACCGAUGACCAGCCUGCCUUCAUCAGAUGGCGUUACAGCCACGAGCACACACCCAAGAUCCGUCCAGACCCCGUGCCAGCGCCCAGCGGGAGCUCCUUAACCUAUCCUGACCCUGCACCCAGAGCCUUCCAGGUGUCCCUGUCGUGUACACAGCUGAUUGACAUGGAGUUCCAGGAGGCAGGUUGUGAGCAGCAUCCCAAGCAGAAGGAGAAGUUCCACUUUGCGCUGAGUGGCAGGUCCCUGAGCAUCAUCACGGAGCACCUCCCCGAGCUCCUCCACAGGAUCGCCCUCAAUGGCACAGUGUUCGCUAGAAUGGCCCCCGACCAAAAAACCCAGCUGGUGGAAGUGUUCCAGAGCAUGGACUACUGUGUGUGCAUGUGCGGGGAUGGAGCCAACGACUGCGGGGCUCUAAAGAGGGCUCAUGCAGGGAUCUCGCUGUCGGAGCUGGAAGCCUCCGUAGCCUCUGCCUUCACCUCCAGCACACCCAACAUCUCCUGCGUGCCAAACCUCAUCAGGGAGGGUCGUGCUGCUCUCAUCACCUCGUUCUGUGUGUUUAAGUUCAUGGCUCUGUACAGCAUCAUUCAAUACAUCACUGUCACGCUGCUCUACUCGAUCGUCAGCAACCUGGGGGACUUUCAGUUCCUCUUCAUUGACAUUGCCAUCAUUCUCAUCAUCGCCUUCACAAUGAGCCUGAACCCAGCGUGGAAGGAGCUGGUUGCUGAGCGCCCUCCCUCAAGCCUCAUCUCCUUGCCGCUGCUCUUCUCCGUGCUCAGUCAGAUGGUGCUCUCUCUGGUCAUCCAGAUCUUCGCCUUCUUCUGGGUGCAGCAGCAGGGCUGGUACCAGCACUGGAGCCCUCAGGCAGACAUUUGUACCACGAACAAAACAAACUCCGUGCCUGAUUACAAUGUCACGUUUCCAUCCAACCACAAGCACAUCAAGAGCUACGAAAACACCACCCUGUUCUACGUCUCCUCCUUCCAGUACUUGGUGGUGGCCGUCGUGUUCUCCAAAGGGAAACCUUUCAGACAGCCGGCCUACACCAACUGGGCAUUUGUCUUGUCCUGCCUGAGUUUAUAUCUGUUCCUGUUCCUCAUCCUGCUCUUCCCUCUGCCUGCCAUCGACAACAUCCUGGAGUUUGUGUGUGUGCCGUUGGAGUGGCGCCUUACCCUAGUCGUCAUCAUUAUGGUCCACUCGGGAGCAUCUGCUCUGCUGGAGACCGUGUUCCUGCAGCUCCUCGAGUUGUGGCUGACUGGGGAGGCAGAUGAACCGGGUGGGUUUGGGAAUGCCGCCGGCAGCCGCACGCCGCAGUGGGGAAACGAGCACUACGGCUACAGGUUCUUGACCUGGCUCUGUUGCAGGAGGGGGAAACUCCGGCAUGCCCGCUAUGCUCAUGUGUCCCGGGAGGUGGAGAAUGCCCCCGACUGGCCCCCCAAGCCUACGUACUGCACCCCCACUCACACACACUCUGACCACAGAACAACCCCCACACGAGAAUACAGUACCAUGGGCAGGAGGCUGAACUUUCCCAUUAUUCCAGAGUCCUCCACAACUUUUUACUGAUUUAGAUCACCAACGUGUUGCUUAAUCUCUGUAAUAAAAUUGAAUAUUUACUGGAAAGGCUGCACUGACCAUAAUGCAGCCAUGACUCCUCACAUGUCACAGACUCUUGACCUCUCAAGAGAAAUGAUUAAAACCCACUCAGAAUACCCAGAAUAAGAACGGUACUAACGUUAAUGCCAAACUGUACUGAACCAAUAACGGACCAUCAGAGCACUCUCACAUUUUUCCAAGGUUUAGGGAAACUACGACUCCAUAACUCCCAGCCUGUAUGCAGAGAGCACCGCAGCACAGCCAUGGCUGAUGUAUCCUCUCCAGAUGGGACUGAAUGUAUCUGAUAAUGAGGCUUGUCACCCGGUGACCUUGGUCUUUUACCCACCUACAUCACCCAACCUCUCCUCACGUGCCACACUGAUGGACCACACAGACCUGGAACCUCCUCUUCUGUGACCUGGGUUACAGUGUUUCACUUUGUCACAUGUAACCCUGCCAGUUUAAUGUACUGUAGUGCAGCCACAGGUGUAGACUACACUGCAGACACACCCGACCUGGCACUGUUCUAAAUCCUAUUCAUGUUCCUCCACUUUUAAAAUUAGAAACAGGUCGUGGGCGUACUGCUAAACAAGGUAGGUGUAGCUCAGAUGGUAGAAUCAUAGGAUUGGUGAAUGUAUGAAAAUACAUGUAAUGUAGACUACACCACGUAUACAAAUGAGUUGGAUAUACCCAUUUUCAUGGUUAUGCUGGAUUGAAUUCUCCUUAAGUACGGUACUGUAAUUUUGUUAGAAAUACUCAAAACUGUCAGACAGGAAAGAUGCAGGUCAUAUAAUCCAUUCUGAGAGCAUUAACUUCAGUAAUGAUGCAAUUUUCUAGCUAUGCAUUAUGAGAUCAAGGGUGAAGUUGGAUCAUUUGUGAGCUGGUGCUGAGAUUAGCUGCUGUUGGAGAUAUUGGUGUUAAUAUCCACAUAUAGGUAGUAAUGUGCUACAUUUACUGCAUUACAUUAACUUUAUAUUAACUUUUUGAGUUAUUUUACAAGAGGGUACUUAGCGUACAUCGGUGAGGUCAAACAUGUACGUUUACUUGGUUACAUUCAUCUAGGUUCCUCCCAUUUAAAACAGUUUAAUUCAGCGCACGUUUUGUUUUCCGUUCAACAACUGAAGAGGGGGGUGUACUGAAGCGGAUGGACGCGGGACUUUGACAAGAUGGUCUGGUGCUUUUGGGAGUUGGCCAACCGGAUAUCAGAAAGUAGACCGACAUAACGAACUAAGAACAGACUCGGUUUCCCACGUGGGACAAGAGGUGUAUUGCUAUGGUGCAUGAUGAAAUAAAUGUAUGAAAACACCCA